AUUCACAUGUGGGGAACACAGGAGAAGACCCAAUACACUAACGGACACCCCUACACCUGCCUUCGCUCGAAAUGUCACGUUGUUGGUCAACCAGAAAAAUCGCCUCACAGCACUUCGGGGUUCGACGCGGCGACGUACAAUUUGAGGACUGCUGAGGGCUGGGGCAGCGACAUGCCUAUGGCGAGGAAACACGUGAUGUGGGACUCGGACAUUCCCGUCCAGGCAGCUCAUGUUGUUCAUAAAGCCACGCCGGACAUGGAAGCUCUCACGCACGACUGGUCUCAGGGGAGUAGUGGUAGGGAGACCAUCGCGAAGGAGAUUGACGGCUUGGAUAUGUUUGGGGCGUGUUCGGGGCGUAAGGGUUGUAGUUAUGUUCAGAAAAAGAAAAAACCGGAGAAAUAUGCGCAGUGUAUGCGCGAUAUAGCGGCGAAAUAUCGAUUUUAUCUCUCCUUUGAGAAUUCCCGCUGUGAUAAGUACAUCACGGAGAAGUUCUGGCGACCAUUGUGGAAGGGGAACGUCCCGGUGGUUCUCGGUGGCCUCAAACGAGCUGAUUACGAGGAGAUCGCUCCGCCAGGCAGCUUUAUUCAUGUCGACGAUUUCAAGACUACUAAGCAUCUCUCUGAAUAUCUGCAGUAUUUGACAACCAACGAUACUGCGUAUAAUGAAUACCAUCAGCACAUCAAGCGAGAAUGGAUCGAGUUCCUCCAAGAGCAGAGCCGCCGACUGCGGUUGGAUAUUGCAUUUAAUCAGUUCAUGUGCCUUAGCAUCGCAAGAGCUGCGACUGCCCUGGAUGCAUUAGAUCCUCGAGUGAUUUACCAGCUCAUUCACUUCGUUGAUAAAAGGGGUCUCAACAUGAAGGCCGAGACGGGAGUCGAGCUUGCGGAGAUAUUCGCUAAGGCAUCCAUCGACGACCUUAAUGCUUGGAAACGACUAGCCGUACUGUUUGAGAGGAGAGGUAUCAGCCUGCAGCUACGCGAUCUUCAUCGGUUCAAAAGGGCGUUCGAGCGAUCGGGCCGAAUUAACCAACGUGUAAUGGGCUUUUACGACCUCUUUGUGAAGGCCAGAGAAGACGAGCGAAAAUACGGCCCUGCAUGA